AUGGAUCCUCAGGUCGAGGAUACCGCCGGCUUGGUGGACCAGGUGCCACCUCCGAUCACUCUUACCACCGACUCGAAUCUAUCCGAGCCAGGCACAGCAACAACAGUCACCGUACAAGCUACGUCGGAGGAGAGCACUGAACCGUCCACCGACUUACGCUCUAACCUAUUCACCGGCCCUCCCUCUCAAGAACCCCAAUCCGAGAACCUUCCGGAUGCACCUCAAGGUGAAGCACAGACCAUCAGUCAAUCCGACCGGGCAUCAGAUAGCCAACACGCCCAGCCUGAGUUGGAACAUGCCUACUGGGCCGAGUUUGAGGAGGACUCCUCGGUGCCAGACGAGGCGGAGAUGAAGGAAAUUGAAUCUGCGGCGGAUGGCGACUACAGUGCCUAUGAGUAUGACUACUGGGAAAAGAACUUCCACGCCGAUCUGGAUGAUCCGGAGUACCGUCCUACGCAGAAGGCACGUCUGACGUGGAAGAUCAAAGGCAUUCGUGGCUCCCCGGACCGCCCCAACCGCGCUAAAAUCAUGCGUUCGCUCCCGGCUUACAUGGGAGGCUAUUGGUGGACCAUCAAGUUCUUCCCCCGUGGUAACAAUGUCAGCUCCCUGAGUGUCUACAUUGAAUGCUCCCCGACUAUGCCCACUCCGGAGAAGUCUUAUCCCGAUACGGAGUUUAAGGUGCUACAGGGUCCAGCCGGAGAAAGUCUGGACACCAAUGCUCCCGAGGUUGACAUCAAGUUCGCGGAGACUGAGGAUACGGCCGCUUGGCUUGAGCAGUUCAAGGCCCAGUACCCUGCUGCUCGACAGGAGAAUGCUGCCGGGGCUGGUUCCUGGCGGGUGUCUGCGCAAAUUGGCGUCAUCCUGUACAAUCCAGACGAGCCUCGAACGGGGUGGAUGCAGUCAUCGUGCCACCAGUUCAACCCACAUAACUUGGAUUGGGGCUGGACUAAUUUCCACGGCCCGUGGGAUCAGAUCCACCGCCGUCAGCGGGGCCAGCGCCAAGCACUGCUUCGGCACGAUACGCUCGCGUUCGACGCCUACAUCCGCAUUGUCGACGAUCCCACUCGGUCGCUCUGGUGGCACGCUAGUGACACCGAGCCCACUUGGGAUAGUUUAAGUCUGACCGGCUAUCGUCCCUUGGGUGAUUCGGUCAUCAACCAUAGCGCGGAGGUAGCCGGGCUGGCCACGUGGAUGCACCUUGCUCCCUUUUGCAGGAUAAUUCAGAAAGCAAAUGUGCUGGAACAUCUCAGCAACUGUGACGUCAAACCAAAGCCAUUGUGCGAUGCGCUGCAGAAGUUUCUUUGGCAGCUGCGUUCACGAGGCCAGUCAUUGCAGUACGUGGACACUGAUCUUAUCACGUCGACUCUGCGGAACUUGCACGAGUACUCAGGCGAUGUAUGUGAGUUCUGGGAGCGCUUGCGUCGGACUCUUGAGAUUGAGCUUGAGGGAACCGAUGCAGCUCGUGAACUUGCUGAGCUGUUUGACAGCCCAUCUGUCGAUUCGCUCCCUAUCGACGUUCAAGGAGAGGGUGUGAUCAAUACCAUUCCAAAGGACUACAAUUCACGCAUUUGUGUCCCUGCGGAUCAAGUCAAGACCACCAGCGAAGCCUUCAGUCAGUAUCUAAAUGCAAAGUCCGGUCGGUGGGUACUCCCGCCUAUCCUGCACUUAGAGCUAGGCCGUCAAAGCUUGGACAAGGCGGCCAGACAGUGGCGCCUUCUGUACAACCGGGUCGAAUUGGACGAAGAGCUCGACCUCACACCUUGGUUGUUGGAUGGCCUGGAUGGCAAAUAUGUCCUGUACGGCUACAUUGUCCACCGUGGUCGCCGCACCUCGGGCAAGUUCUUCAGUAUUCUUCGCCCAGGUGGGCCGGGUACCAGGUGGCUGGCUUUCGAUGACGGCAGCGACAACCGUGUCGAAUGUCUGACACGUAAGACUGCCUUGGGACCUCACCUUGGCCUGGACGCGUCGCAAAAGCCUGAUCACAAGACGGGCCACGACGUCGCCAUUGCUGUGAUGUACAUCCGCAGCGACGUUGUGCAAGAUUACCUGCCCGGUGCACAGGGACCAUGGGAGGUUCCUGCAUCUCUCAAGCAAUACUACGAGACAGGAACCUAUCUCUUGGCGCCAACUGAAAAGGAUGAGAUCGAGGUCGAAGUUUACUCUCUUCCAAAGUACGACCAGUUGGGCAGCCUGUUCGAUACGUACGAUUUGAUGGCACAGGCCAAGACAGCAAACAGUGUGAUGUACCUCACGGUACCUCGUUCUUCCAACUAUGUUGAUCUUCGCAAGAAGAUUGCGCUGUGGGCGUCCAUCAAGACAGAGCAGGCCACUAGCCCCGAAUAUGUUCGCCUGUGGCAAGUUGGACACACUCGCGCUCAAUCCGGCCCCACGCUCGCCUUCGCUCGCAUUACCGACCUGUCCAACAGCCUGGAGCUGCCUGCGAAGACGGCUCGGUUCUGGAUGGAGAUUGUUUCGGAUGCAGAUGCGAAGCUCUUUGCCAUCGCGGAUCCGCAGCAGGCUAUUGCGAUCGAAGCCAAACCAGAGGAGGCUAUCCUUGAGCGUGACGGUUCAGAGUCAUCCGAGGACAGACAGUCUCUUCACGAAAUAGACUCUGCUCAGCCCAGCUCAUCCGGCAACAUUCCGGAGCAUUUGCUGGACAACUCUACUCCGGAGCCGGUGCCUGUUGAAAUCAACAUCAAUGCCAAUGAACAAAGUGCUGAAGUUGUCCUCGAAAACCAGAUGGCUGAGGCAGUCCAUGUCGAAAAUACCUCUGCAGGAGAUGAGAAUGAUGCUGUCAUCGCCGCUAUCAUAGCAGAAGACCUUCAGCUUCAACAAAUGGAAGUCGAGGGCCGAGAGCACGUUCCAGAGCCCGUCUCAGCAGUGGUGGAUGAACCCAACGACACCACUUCUGACGUUCAGAUUGAGACUGUUGUGAACGUAGAUGCGCCUCCUACACUUCCUGAGCCUGACGUCCCUCAGCCCGUGGAACACGUUUACUAUUUCAUCCAGGUCUUCGACAUCGAGGCGCAAAUUCUACGGACCGUGGGAUCCUUCUUCUCCAAGAAAGAAGAGAAUAUCAAGGCUGCUAUCCGCAAGCAUCUCAAGUGGGCUCCGAUGAAGGACUUCCAGGUCUGGCAGCGCGUGGAUGGUACCAACGUGACCACCAUGGCUUCUGGUGAGACUUUUGAGACCUUCGUGCCAGAUGGGACCUGUUUCAUUGUCGGCGACAAGAUCAACAAGGAUCGUCGUCUCAAACUCAGCAUCGCGGGCAUGUUCGCCAACCCGGACCACCUAGUCCGCUAUCUGUGGGCCGCAUCGCGCAACCACCCUACUCGAGCUUUCACAGGUCAUAAGACCAUCGAGGCUACAUUCACCAGCGAGUACUACAGCGGUCAAUUCAUGAAGGGUUACUUCCAUGGCAAGGGCAAGCACAUUUCUGACCUUGCCGCCACGUAUGAUGGAGAUUUCGUCCUCGGCAAACGUCACGGGAGCGGCUUCAUGGAAUACCCCAUUGGCGAUACCUACAAUGGCGAUUGGUUCGAGGGCAUCUGCCAUGGCCAGGGUACCUUCGUCGAGCGCAAGACCGGCAACAAGUACGUGGGCGGAUACAAGGACGGCAAGCGUCACGGCAAGGGUAUCAGCUACUGGGAAGUGGCGGACGAAGAGAUGGAUCUGUGCCAGAUCUGUUAUGGGGAAGAACAAGAUGCGCUGUUCUAUGACUGCGGACACGUCUGCGCGUGCGUGACGUGCGCUCGUCAAGUGGACCUCUGUCCGAUUUGCCGCAAGAGCAUCGUGAGCGUGGUGAAGAUCUAUCGGACUUAA